UCAGCUGGUAAAGACACAGACAGACGUGCAGCAGAUGAUCCAGAACAGAAUGAAGAAGAUUCAAGACAUCCAACACUCUGUAAAGAUAAGAAAGAGAAACACAGAAGAAGAUAAAUCACACAGUGUUGAGGUGUUCACGGCUCUGAUUUGCUCCAUUGAGAGAUGUCAGACUGAAGUUGUUUUGAUGUUGGAGGAGAAGCAGAAAGCAGCCGAGAAACAGGCUGAAGAUCUCAUUAAAGAGCUGGAGCAGGAGAUCACUGAGCUAAAGAGGAGAAACUCUGAGCUGGAGCAGAUCUCACACACUGAAGAUCAUCUUCAUCUCCUACAGAUUGACCUGUCCCUGUACAGCCCUAAAAACAGUAAGAACUGGACUGAGAUCAGUAUUAACACUCAUGUGAGUGUGGACACUCUGAAUAGAGCUCUGACUCGACUCAAAGACACUCUACAUCAAAAACUCAGUCAAACUGUAUUGAGGAGGAUGCAGCAGUAUGCAGUGGAUGUGACUCUGGAUCCUGAUAUAGCUAAUCCAUAUCUCAUCCUGUCUGAUGAUGGAAAACAAGUGACAUGUGGAGACAUUAAACAAAACCUCCCAGAUAAACCAGAGAGAUUUGAUAGAUGUGUCUCUGUUCUGGGAAAGAAGGGAUUCAGUUCAGGUAGAUUUUAUUUUGAGGUGCAGGUGAAGGGAAAGACUGAGUGGGAUUUAGGAGUGGUCAGAGAAUCCAUUAACAGGAAGGGAGAGAUCACAGCGACUCCAGUGAAUGGAUUCUGUACUGUGAUGUUGAGGAAUGAGAAUGAAUAUAAAGCCUGUGCUGGUCCUCCUGUCUCUCUGUGUGUGAGAGUGAAGCCACAGAAGGUUGGUGUGUUUGUGGAUUAUGAAGAGGGUCUGGUCUCCUUUUAUGAUGUGGAGUCCAGCUCUCAUAUCUACUCUUUCACUGGUCAGUCUUUCACUCAAACACUCUUUCCCUGUUUUAGCCCAAGUCUUAAUGCUAAAGGUAAAAACUCAACUCCACUGAUCAUCACAACUGUCAGUUACAAUUAAUGAAUUUACACCCCAUAAAUAUAAAAAAACUACAUGAUCAUUAGAUUUCUUAAAAGAAAAUGAAGUAUGGUUGCUAGGGAGAUCUGGAUGGUUGCUAGUGUGUUCUGUGUACUUUAGUUUGAGCACAAUAUCACUGACUCUGUGCACUUGAGCCGGGAAACAUGAGAACAAACUUCUCCAUCAAUGAAACUGUCUCCAGCUUUUCCACAUCACUGAGAGAGAGAAAAUCAACUUUUCACACUCUAAGAACAGUGUUUAUCAUGUUUAAAACAGCACAUGAUGUACAUUAGUUUUGUUUUUUUGACAGAUUUAAAGUGCAUGAAAACAGCUCACCUCAGAUUAAAACAGUAUAAAAAUAAAAUUGAUCAUCUUAACCAAAAACAAUCUUUCUGACUCUCUGCAUUUCUUAUUCCUCUAUAUGGAACAAAACAUUCUUCAACACUUGCAGCAGUGGAUUCUGGAAUGUGAUCUUGACAGUCAACUCACAUAAAUAAUAUCACAAAUGAUGUUAAUCACAUUAAACAAAACUGUAGCUGUGUCUGAAAUCGCCCUAAUGGCGGUUUGUAAAACAACUUCUGCUGCUGAACUGAAGUGAAGAUGCGCUUGGGGGGAAAAAUAUCUACAUCCGAUUAAUCAGCCCUGUUGUCUAAUUUUAAAAUACAUUAUAUAAUUUAAACUGUUUGAAGCAUUAUACAAGAAAAUCUGAAGCGGCCGGUUUUACACUACCGUUCAAAAGUUUGGGGUCACUUGCCUGAAAUGUUUCUCAUGAUCUUAAAAAUCUUUUGAUCUGAAGGUGUAUGCUUAAAUCUUUGAAAUUAGUUUUGUAGACAAAAAUAUGAUUGUGCCAACAUAUUAAUUUAUUUCAUUAUAAAACUAAAAUGUUAUUAAUAAAAAAAGUUUUUGAAAUUGGACUGAAUAAUUAAAAUAAACAGCCAAUAAGUGCCCAGCAUAUAGAUGGGAACUCCUUCAAUACUGUUUAAAAAGCAUCCCAGGGUGAUACCUCAAGAAGUUGGUUGAGAAAAUGUCAAGAGUACAUGUCUGCAAAUUCAAGGCAAAGUGUGACUACUUUGUAGAUGCUAAAAUAUAACACAGUUUUGAUUUAUUUUGGGUUUUGUUUCUAUGAUUUUGAAUUUCUCUGUUAGCAGCACACAUUCAACAGUUUAUGUGAAACCACAUUAAAAGGGUUUUUGUUCACCCAAAACAAUUCUAUUAUUUACAAUUCUGUUAUUUACUCACCCUCAUAUUGUUCCAAACCUGUAUGACUUUAUCUCAUCUGUUGAACACAAAGGCAAACUUUUAUCCUAGCUGCACAUUUCCAAUUUAUAUAUACGUAUAUAUUUAUAUAUUAGUAUAUAGUUAUAUAUAUAGUUUUAUAGUUAAUCAAAACUGUACAGUAAGGUUAUAUUUAUUAACAUUAGUUGACUAAAACAGAUAACAUAAACUAACAAUGAACAAUACUUUUACAACACUAAAGUAGGUGUAAUGUUCAUUUCAACAUACAGACCUACUAAAGCAUUUUUAAAAUUAAAAGUUGUAUAAGUUAACAAUAGUUAAUGCAUUACAAGCUAACAUGAACUAACAAUGAACAAUUGUAUUUUUAUAAACAUUAAACAAGAUUCAUUAAUUCAUGCUCAGAUUUGUUAGUUCAUGAUACCUAAUGCAUUUACUAAUGUUAACAAAUACAACAUUAUUGUAAUAUGUUAUCUGUUUUUUCAUUAAACUACUGCAUUAUUUUUUUCACAAAGCUAAUUCAGAAAACUGCACAAACAUGUUGGCAUGGCAUAUUAUUUUGUAGAUGGAAACACCAGAUUUUAUGAAUCUUGUACAAGAACACAAUGAUGAUUGAGGAUUUCACUGAUUCUCUCCAAAUGAUCAAAUUUUGAACCUUUAAACUUUGAGGUUGAACAACUAAACAGGUUAUGGAUCAGUCCGUACAACCGUUUGUGAUUUUUUCCCCCCCAAACAUGUUAUUUACUACAAAAAGUGCUCACAAAUAAUGAGUAUAGGUUUCAUAAAGUUUGUACAAAUUAGUAAGAAAAAGCAGGGAUAGUUCUAACACUUUUUGAUUUUUGCUCAUUUAUUCAUCAUCACUAUACAAUCUUUAUUUUUCCCAAAACUCUUUAUAGGCCUUUAUAUUCUUUGUAUUUAUUACUUUGGUUUAUUGUUUGUUUUGAGUGUCAAGGUCUGCUACCAGUACUGAAAAACAUUCCCAUAAAAAAAAGAAAAAAAAAAAGAGACAAAACAUUCCCAUAACAUUUCAGAACAUUGCAUUUUGGUUGUAGUUAUGUUACACCACUAGUCAACAUUUUAAAAACAUUCCAGAAGCCACAUCUAACAUAAACCAUUAUAUAAAACACUCCAUACAGGAUUCUGGUCAUGAGCUGGUGUGAAAAACUUCUGAACUAAAAUCACAAAUCUUCAUUUUGACUUUUUCACUUCACUGUAUAACAGAGAGACACUGUCGGCCAAUGUUACAGUCAUUACAGUAUUCCUUUAUGUGUGUGUGUGUUAUAGAUAUUAUGGAUCAUGAGCCUCUACAUGAGUAACAAUCAAAUGGAUGUUCUCAAUAAAGUGAUCUCAAAGUUGAUUUUGUUUUCUUACUGGACAUUUUAAUUGUGCACUUUGUAUGCAUCUUAGACUUUUAAUGUAAUUGAAACUAUUAAUACAAACACACUCAACAGGUAUGAAUUAUAAUCUGUUCCAUAUUCAUGAACAUAUGGGUGGAGCUAUGACAUCACUGCAGGUGAGUGAAAGAUUUCAGUGAAAGAAAAACUAAACUGAUGAACAACUGAAGUCUCUUCAAACAGGAAUCAGACACUUAGAGACUUUCUAGAUCACAGCUGAUAUUCACUCACAGCCAUGUUGUCCUCCAGUAGUGCACUAAAUGAGGAGCUUCAGUGUUCAAUCUGUCUGGAUGUGUUCACUGAUCCAGUCACAACUCCAUGUGGACACAACUUCUGCAAGACCUGCCUGAAUGAAUGCUGGAAAAACACUCAGAACUACAGCUGUCCAUUCUGUAAAGAAACAAUCAGCAAAAGACCUGAUCUGAAGAUUAAUACAACACUCAGAGAGGUUGUGCAACACUUUAAGAAAAAGUUUAAUCUGGGUAAAUCUGAAGUUCUCUGUGACAUCUGUGAUGAAAGAAAGCAGAAAGCCGUGAAGUCUUGUCUGAUGUGUCAAACCUCUUACUGUGAAACACACCUGGAGCCUCAUCUGAGAGUCCCACAUCUAAAGAAACACAAACUGAUGGACGCUGUUGAGAAUCUGGAGGAUUAUAUAUGCCAGAAACACGAGAGACCUCUGGAUCUGUUCUUCAGAGAUGAUCAGAUGUGUGUGUGUUUGUCCUGCACUGAAGGAGACCACAAGACUCACAACACUGUUCCUAUAGAGGACGAGAGUGCAGAGAAGAAGAAUCAGCUGGUAAAGACACAGAUAGACAUGCAGCAGAUGAUCCAGAACAGAAUGAAGAAGAUUCAAGACAUCCAACACUCUGUAAAGAUGAGAAAGAGAAACACAGAAGAAGAGAAAUCACACAGUGUUGAGGUAUUCACGGCUCUGAUCCGCUCCAUUGAGAGAUGUCAGACUGAAGUUGUUUUGAUGUUGGAGGAGAAGAAGAAAGCAGCAGAGAAACGGGCUGAAGAUCUCAUUAAAGAGCUGGAGCAGGAGAUCACUGAGCUAAAGAGGAGAAACUCUGAGCUGGAGCAGAUCUCACACACUGAAGAUCAUCUUCAUCUCCUACAGAUAGACCUGUCCCUGUACAGCCCUAAGAACAGUAAGAACUGGACUGAGAUCACUAUUAACACUCAUGUGAGUGUGGACACUCUGAAUAGAGCUCUGACUCGACUCAAAGACACUCUAGAUCAAAAACUUGGUCAAACUGUAUUGAGGAGGAUGCAGCAGUAUGCAGUGGUUGUGACUCUGGAUCCUGUUACAGCUAAUCCAUAUCUCAUCCUGUCUGAUGAUGGAAAACAAGUGAGAGAUGCAGACAUUGAACAAAACCUCCCAGAUAAACCAGAGAGAUUUGAUAGAUGUGUCUCUGUUCUGGGAAAGAAGGGAUUCAGUUCAGGUAGAUUUUAUUUUGAGGUGCAGGUGAAGAGAAAGACUGACUGGACUUUAGGAGUGGUCAGAGAAUCCAUUAACAGGAAGGGAGAGAUCACAGCGACUCCAGUGAAUGGAUUCUGGACUGUGAGGUUGAGGAAUGAGAAUGAAUAUAAAUCCUGUGAAGAUCCUCCUGUCUCUCUGUGUGUGAGAGUGAAGCCACAGAAGGUUGGUGUGUUUGUGGAUUAUGAGGAGGGUCUGGUCUCCUUUUAUGAUGUGGAGUCCAGCUCUCAUAUCUACUCUUUCACUGGUCAGUCUUUCACUCAAACACUCUUUCCAUAUUUUAGCCCAAGUCUUAAUGAUGAAGGUAAAAACUCAACUCCACUGAUCAUCACACCUGUCAGUUACAAUUAAUGAAUUUACACCCCAUAAAUAUAAAAAACUACAUGAACAUUAGAUUUGUACAUUUCUUAAAAGAAAAUAUGAGGUGUGGUUGCUAGGGAGAUCUGGAUGGUUGCUAGUGUGUUCUGUGUACUUUAGUUUGAGCACAUUAUCACUGACUCUGUGCACUUGAGCCGGGAAACAUGAGAACAAACUUCUCCAUCAAUGAAACUGUCUCCAGCUUUUCCACAUCACAGAGAGAGAGAAAAUAAACUUUUCACACUCUAAGAACAGUGUUUAUCAUAUUUAAAACAGCACAUGAUGUACAUUUAUGGGGGGGUUUGUAGAAAACAGGCUUCUGCCCCGCGGUUCUCCACUAUUUGUUUUAAAUCCAGCGUUUAAACGUGACGUCUACUCAGGUCCCGAUGCUUUGUGGGAAAAGAAAGUGUUCAACCGAUCCACACUUCAGAUUCCCGCCGGGGACUUCCGGCAAGAUGGCGGACAUAUUUUGUUGAGUUCUGGCAGUUACACGCUUUAUUGUUACUUUCUUAUAUACCGGCCUCAGAAAUUGAAUUGAUUAAUUCAACAAAUCACUAUUGCUCGUUUGUUUCUUUAAAACAUUUUAUAUCAGUUCAGUCAAUAAGUUUGCCACUUGCGGGAACAUGGCGCAUUUAGCAAACAGAGCCCAAAGUUUAUCCACAGAAACGGAUCACAGCUACGGUCUAGAAAACACCAAGGAAAGACCAGGAUGCUUCCCACAUUACUCCGAAAAAAAAAUAAUAAUAAAAAAAAAAAAAAAAAAAUCAAACAAAAAAGGUUAAAUCAGACGACACUGAUAUCUUUAAUGCAGCUUUGCUCCAGGCGAUUAACUCCUUAACGGCGUGAUUUGAUUCUCAAGAUAGAAAGCUGGAGGACAUCACGGACAAAAUCAGGCAAAACAGAGUUUAAUGCUGCAGAGAUUAAAGAAUAUAAACAGAAAUAUACUGUCUUGGAAAAGAAAACAGCACUCCUAAUCAAAUCCAACGAAGAAUUAAAGCUGAAAACGUCAGAACUCGAGCGUUAUAAGCGAAGAUGGAAUCUCCGUAUUUAAGGGAUGAAAGAGCAUGCUGAUGAGGAUGCACGGAAAGAGGUGGGGGAUCUUUUGGCUGAGAUAGCCCCACAUUUAACGCAGAAACUGGAUGAUGUAAUUGAUUCAGUUCACCGAGUCGGGAAAAAGGAAUCUGGAAGACACCGUCAAAUGAUUGUUCAGUUCACCAUGCGUAGAUACAGAGACGACAUCUGGAAGAAUAUAAAGAAUUCGCAGGUGUGCAUUGAACGUGGAAUUAAGUUUGCGGAGGAUAUGUCAGCUGAGGACCGGAGAGCUCGUGCAGCUCAUCCAGGAAGCUAGGAGCGCCGGUAAGAAGGCAUACUAUCGCGGUCCUUUGGGAUACAUCGAUGGCCGUUUAAUUUCACCUGCAAAUAAAAGCAUGGACUGAUUAUUCCCAUGAAGUUAAGA